CAGCCAGCGAGAGCAGAGCAAAGGAACAGGGAGAGCGCGACACCGAGCACUCGACACAGAAGCAGGGCAGGGCGGGACGCCAUGGCUCGCCGUUCCUUGCUACUGAUACCAGCAAUCUUGGCCGCCGUCCUCUUGGCGGCGCCGUUGCAACCGCGCGCUGCCGCGUACGCAGCCACGGUGGACAGUCUCCUCCCCCCGGCGGCGGCGGCGGCGGCGGCGCUCUCCUUCGAGGAGGGAUACACCCAGCUGUUCGGCGACUCGAACCUCAUGCUCCACGGCGGCGGGAAGCGGGUGCACAUCGCACUCGACGAGAGGACAGGCGCAGGAUUCGCCUCGCGCGGCGCGUACCACCACGGGUUCUUCAGCGCCAGCAUCAAGCUCCCCGCCGACUACGCCGCCGGCGUCGUCGUCGCCUUCUACAUGUCGAACGGGGACGUGUACGAGAGGACGCACGACGAGCUGGACUUCGAGUUCCUGGGGAACGUGAGGGGCAGGGAGUGGAGGGUGCAGACCAACGUGUACGGCAAUGGCAGCACGGCGGCCGGCCGGGAGGAGAGAUACGGCCUCUGGUUCGACCCCACGCAGGACUUCCACCGCUACGCCAUCCUCUGGAGCCACGACAGAAUCACAUUCUACGUGGACGAGACACCGAUCAGGGAGGUGGUGAGGACGACGUCCAUGGGGGCGCAGUUCCCGUCCAAGCCCAUGUCGCUGUACGCCACCAUCUGGGACGGCUCGAGCUGGGCCACCUCGGGGGGGCGGUACAAGGUGAACUACAAGUACGCGCCCUACGUCGCCGAGUUCACCGACCUCGGGCUCCACGGCUGCCCCGCGGCGGCGGACGGCUCCCCGGCGCAGCCGUGCGAGGCCACGAUGCCGCCCGGGCAGCGGUCGGCGAUGGAGCGGUUCCGGGCGAGGUACAUGACGUACGGGUACUGCUACGACCGCGUCAGGUACCCCGCGCCGCUGCCGGAGUGCGGCGUCGGCGCCGAGGCGGAGGCGUUCCUCCCGUCCGGCGAGGCGAGGUCGACGGCGGACCGGCGCGGCAGCAGGCACGGCAAGCGCCGCCGGCGCACCGGCGGCGGCGCGGAUUCCGCACUCUGAGCGACUCGACUCCGCGCGUGCGUGCGUGCUCGACCUGUACCUUGCGGUGUGUGAUGAUCCUCGAUUCGUUUUCUCAUUCUCUGACGCUGUGUAGAGCUCACCUCGCCGUUGGUCAUGGCGUUCGCAUCGCACAUCACGUGCCUGCCAAC